UCCUGUCUCCCGUAACUGUCUCCGACUUGGCUUUAACAUUUUUAAUAAAUUCUGCAAACUUAGGGUAAAAUACAAUAAAAGAUGUAUUGAAUAUCAUUAUACUAUUUACGAACUAAAAUGAAAGAUACAGACUAGAAAGGUAAAAUAACCUUUAAUAAUUAUGUGGAUAUAUAUAAGGUUGAACGUGGCUCUCGGAUGCAGUGUUUGGGAUUGAGUCAUGGCCUCGCUUGGUGGAUUCGUCGAGUUCUUCCAAAAAGGGAAAACAUUUCGGCCCAAAAAGAAGUUUGAGCCAGGAACUCUUAAGUACUCGCUGCACAAGCAGGCACAGGCAUCCUUAAACUCUGGAAUCAACCUUCGUAAUGUGGUCAGCUUACCGGCAGGAGAGGAUCUCAAUGACUGGAUUGCCGUACAUGUGGUAGAUUUCUUCAACCGAAUCAACUUAAUUUAUGGAACAGUUUGUGAGUACUGCACAGAAAGCUCUUGCCCCACUAUGUCUGGGGGACAGAAGUUUGAAUACUUGUGGGCAGAUGGUGCCAAAUACAAGAAGCCAACUGCGCUACCUGCAACACAGUACAUCUCGCUUCUCAUGGACUGGAUUGAGACACAGAUCAAUGAUGAACAUGUGUUUCCUGUCACUGUUGAUGUUCCAUUUCCUAAGUCAUUUAUUCCACUUUGCAAAAAAAUCCUCACCCGGCUCUUCAGAGUGUUUGUCCAUGUGUACAUCCAUCACUUUGACCGCAUUGUGGCCAUUGGAGCAGAAGCACAUGUAAAUACCUGCUACAAGCAUUUUUAUUACUUUAUAAUGGAGUUUGAUCUAGUGCCACAAAAAGAACUGGAACCUCUAAAGGAUAUGACUACCAAGAUUUGCUAUGACAACCCAGAGACUCCCAUAAAUUUUGAUUAUAAGAAGUAGUGAGCCUUUGUGAGAGAAUCUUGCCAAAAUUUUCAGCUAGAGAUUGUAGAAUUUUGAAUAUUUCUCUCAGAAGAGGUCAGUUGGAAUCUGAAUGUAUGAAUCACUGUUAUAACUAUGGAACUGAAUCUGAAAUUCUGUUAGCAUUAUGCACUAGUAGUACUUUCUGUAAGUCCCAGCUAGAAUUAUUGGCAUGUUUAAUUUUAUUUUUGAGUACGAAGUUAAAUUUUAUUUAAACAUUGUUUAAAAAAUAUGUCCUUAUUGAUGAGUAAAAAGUUAAUCUAGUAAAGAGUAUUUCCCCCUAAGCAAGUCAUGUAAAGUAUUACUAACUUUUUAUAUACUGUAAAACUAAUUUUAUAUAGAGUAUAUAGGAAAUUACAACCACUAACCUGAUUUUAUUGUAAGAUGUUCUAGGUCAGUUGUCAUAUUCCUCAUACUGUAUCAGUGAAAAUGAGUCAUAUCACUAAAGUAAGGUUCAAGAUGUGUCCAUCAUAGCACACAAGAACACACAGACACAGGGCAAAGGUGUCAGCAAAUAGAUAAUAGUAAAUUAGCUGUCAUACAGUUGAAUUUUUAGUACAAAACAGGGCUCAUCAUUUGACAAUAUUAAACAUGACCCAUGUGGUUGAGAACUGAAUGAUAUUAUAUAAUUGCAAUAGGAAACAUUUUCUAAAUCAGUGAAAAUUUGAAUGAGAGAGAAAAAGGCCACUUCAUGAUUUUUUGUUUUUUGUUAUAGAGAGAUUUUUCUCGAGGGUACCUCAUCAUCAAAGAUGAGACUUGAAAAGAAACCAGUUACAUAAAAUAUAUACGAAUAAAACCUUGACUACACAUGGUAAAAUUUAAGAGUAUUCUUGUAUGUGGUAUAAGGCAACAGAUUUUUACAGUAUUUUCUAUUUUUGUAUCUGGUUGUCAUUGAUUUCAUCAUAAAAGGAAAGAAAAAUUAUGAAAAUUUGGUUAAAAGGCAUUUUACUAAAAGAUUACGAGAAGCUAGCCAUAUUUAUAUACAGUGGACCCUCGACAUUCGAUACUAAUCCGUUUCUGAGAGCUAUUGAAUAUCGAAAAUAUCGAAAGUCGAAUUAAUUUUCCCCAUAAGAAAUAAUGGAAAUCAAAUUAAUCCGUGCAAGACACCCAAAAGUAUGAAAAUUUUUUUUUUACCACAUGAAACAUUAAGUUUAAUGCAAUAGAAUAAUUACAAUAACAACAAAAACAAUAGACUAAUAACAAUAGAAUAAUUGACACUUACCUUUAAUGAAGAUCUGGUGAUGAUUGAUGGGAUGGGAGGAGGGGAGAGUGUCAAAGUUGUUACUGUUUAGAAGGGGAAUCCUCUUCCAUUAGGACUUGAUGUAGCAAGUCCUUUUCUGGGGUUACUUCCCUUCUUCUUUUAAUGCCACUAGGACCAGCUUGAGAAUCACUGGACCUCUGUUGCCGUUCCUUUAAGAUUUGUCUAAAAUGGGCCAUAACAUUGUCAUUGUAAUCACCAGCACGGCUUGCAAUAGCUGUGUUAGGGUGAUUUUCAAAAUCUUUCUUAAUUUCCAUACUAAUUCUCACUCUUUUUACCACAGGGUUGGCACUAGAAGCUUUCUUGGGGCCCAUGGUGACUUAUUUUGCAGAAACAAGCACCAAAAACAGUGAUAAUAUGGAUAAUAUGGAAUGUACCAAAUGUUUCCUUAGAUGCGUGCUCACUGGCUAGCUUGUAAACACUGGCACACACGGGGCAGUUCAGGCCACACGUGGACACGUCUCGUACGAAUCGUAUCGAAUGCCGGGUUUUCCAUCGAAUGUUGAAGCGAAAUUUUUGCUUUAAAAUGCAUCGAAUGUCGAUGCCAUCGAAUGUCGGGGGUCCACUGUAUAUUGUAGAUAUACAUUUAUAUAUAAAGCAUGUGUUUGGCAAGCACCACCCUUUUUUUAUACAGUAUGUAUUUUAUAUUUUAUUUAUAUUUCUUUUAAAUUUGAGUUUAUAUAGAGAAAUAUGAUACCUUAGAUCAGAUUUUAUAUAUUUACGUACAUAUACAUACAUACAUACAUACAUACAUACAUACAUACAUACAUACAUACAUACAUACAUACAUACAUACAUAUACACAUGCAUACUGUUAAUAUGAAAAGGGGACAGAUUAGAAAUUUUCAGUGCAAGUACAGUAAUGUGUAAAUACAAGUUUUACAUUCGUGAAGUUUUAAUAAUGUUCAAAGUAUGGUAUGCCCCAUAUACCAGAAACACUAUUGACUACGUAGCUAUGAAGAAAAGUUGUAAAUUUAAGUAAGAAAAUGCUUUUUUUUUUUUUUUUUUUUUUCUCUCAUUUUUUUUUUCUAUUUUAUUUUUGAGGAGGCCACCUGGAUAUUUCUCCCUGCUACCUCAGUAUAGUUACAAGCCUGUCCUUAAUUGAGUAGGGCCUACACACAGUAAAGAAGCUUUGAAUUUUAAAUAAAAUAUUGAAUCGUGAUUCUUAUCUACAAUUCAAUGCAGUGUACUGCCCUGUGAUUAACAUCUUUGACCUGUCGUAUCAGAUUCCGUUAUUGAUGCUAGGCGACAUGGUGGAAUAGUUUGCAACCCACCUGGAGGCCAGGCUUCCUUGUGACCAGGAAGUC